AUGGUGUCCGAUUCUUCCUUAAUUUCGUUCAUUAAUUCAUUUUUCUUCGCCUCAGUCAUCUCCCUCACUUGUUCGUUUUUUUUGUUUUUUCUUCUUCUUCUUUUUCUUCUUCUUCUUUUUCUUCUUCUUCUUCUUAUUAUUAUUACUACUACUACUACUACCACCCUUUACCUUCCUGCCUUAUAUUCCCCGUUUCCUCCUCCUCCUUUUUCUUCUUCUUCUUAUACAUCUGCUCGCCACCUUCCUAUCCUUAACUUUUUUCUCUUAUUUUUACCUGGCACCUUGAUUUUUUUCUUCUUCUUCUUCUUCUUCUUCUUCUUCUUAUUAUUAUUAUUAUUAUUAUUAUUUCUACCCUUUACCAUUCUAUCUAAUAUUCCACGCCUCCGCCUCCUCCCCCUCCUCCUGUUCUUCUUCCAUUGCCCUUCACUUUUCUAUUUUUUAUUUCCCCUUCUCCUCCUCCUCCUCUCUUCUUCUUCUUCUUCAUUAUCAUCAUCACCCUUUUCUCUUAUUUUCUCCAGUUUCCUCCUCCUCCUCCUUUUUUCUUCUUCUUCUUCUUAUACAUCUGCUCGCCACCUUCCUAUCCUUAACUUUUUUCUCAAUUUUUACCUGGCUCCUUGUUUUUUCUUCUUCUUCUCAUUAUUAUUAUUAUUAAUAAUAAUAAUAAUAAUAUUUCUACCCUUAACCAUUCUAUCUAAUAUUCCACGCCUCGUCCUUCUCCCCCUCCUCCUGUUCUUCUUCCAUUUGCCCUUCACUUUUCUAUUUUCUAUUUCUCCUUAUCUUCCUCCUCUCUUCUUCUUCUUAUUUUCUCCUCCUCCUCUUCUUCUUCUUCUUCUUCUUUCUCGUAGAAUUCUGGUUUCCUCUUUAGUUGGAUUUACAAUUUUUAUGCUUCUUUAUUAUUAUCCAUAA